AUGCUGUCUGAGAGCUUUAUCGCGUCAACAUUGACGUCCGUCAAGACGCCAGCAGCUGCGACCUUGAGAGAUGUGGGAAUAUGUGUGCAAGAGUGGCAGCCCGCUCUCAACCUACGCUCUACCUUCAAAAAAAGCUCAACAGCGGCCAAUUGCCUGGCUGUGAGUCCGUCACAUGUGUUUGCUGCGCAGUCAGAGAAAGCCAUCGUUCAUGUGUACAGCCGAGAGAAGGGAAACCAGGAAGCAAUUGUCCCUUUCCCGGAGCGCAUACGCAGCAUCGCGCUCGCGGGUGGGAAGAAUGGGGAUAUCCUGGUUCUGGGAACGGAAGGUGGACGGUUGAUUUUGUGGGAGACUUGCACCGGGCGACAAGUGGCUACGACAGCGUCGCAUUUACAACCAGUGACAUCGCUCGUGGUUGAUCCCACUUCCAACUUCAUUCUUUCGGGAUCGUCUGAUGCUAGUAUCCAUGUCUGGUCACUCGUUGAUAUCCUUUCAUUCACGAAACCUCCCUCGGGUCGGGACCGUCAGCAGCCAAACUCGCCCAUCCGUACUUUCUCAAACCAUCGCGCUGCCAUCACAUCCAUCGCUGUGGGCCAUAGCAGCGGUCGCUAUAACAUCGCUGUGUCCGCCUCCAAAGAUAACACCGCCAUUGCUUGGGAUUAUCACACGGGACGCCCCUUACGAACCUUCCUAUUGCCCGCCUCUGCAACCUGUUUGACUCUCGAUCCGGUCGACCGCGCAUUCUACGCGGGAUAUGAGGAUGGUAGCGUCCAGUCAGUUGACUUCUACAAGAGUCAGUCAAUACAGCAUACCCUACACGAUCCUUCAUUACAUUCCACUCCGUCACAACCAUCAGCGGAAGAUCGCUGGCUUGCUCCGUCCUCCGACUUCGGUGGUGUCCACUCGCUUUCUCUGUCCUACGAUGGAAUGACCUUGCUAUCCGGACAUCAAAACGGAAAGGUCCUGUCAUGGAAUGUAGCUCGACGGAAAUAUGCAUCGACUCUGGCAGAUUACACCCACCCCGUGACGAAUAUUAUUGCGAUCCCCUUGGAAGGACUGCCGUCUUCCGGAAACGAGUUGAGACGAGUAGCGCACACCAUCGUCAAGCCACGUUAUGACCAUGCUCUUUCAGAGUCUUCGGGUACGCCUGGCGCUGUCCCCGCUGACUAUACAUUCAGUACGCAUCUGCUCGCCUCUAACACAGCCCGGCUCACUUUAAGCGAUCAUCAAACAAAUCAAUUCUCUACAGCCUUGACACACGCUUUCUUCCCUGAGUCAAUGAUGGAAGAAGGUCUUGCGGAGCUUGCCGCUCUCAAACAUUCCGGGAACGACGGAAACCAUGUCUCGACGAUUUCGCAAUCAGUAGUCUCCCAGCAAGCGGCAAUUGUCGAUGACUCCCAGAUCGCAUCGUUGGAAGAGGAAAUUACCACACUAAAGAAGAAACUUGCCGUCAACCAGACGGCCCGCCAAGUUACCACGGAUGAGGUGACUAAACUGCGCUCGGACCUGGUCAGCCUGCAUGACUACGUCAAUGAGCUGCAUCAGAAGCAGGAACAGGCCCAUCGCGAAAAGCUCCUGCGUCAAGCUCGAAAGGAAGAGCGCGAGACUCGCAGGCGGGAAGCCUGGUUCGCUGCCGAGAAGAAAGGGAAGAAGGGUGAUGCCAUACUUCGGCGUAUGGAAUUGGAAGAGGAAGCUCAGACUAGCGAAACCGAUGAUCAAAGCAGUGACGAGCAAUGA